GUGCAAUUGUGCUAACUGUUUCAAUUUAUAAAUCCUCAAGUUUCUCUCUCUCUCUCGCAGAACAGAGAGUGGUGAAAUCAAGUGAAGAACACUAAGGUUCAACUAUGGCGACUCUUCGUUUCACUCUACUUCUUCUUGUCUUCGUCGUCGGGAUCUUCUUCUCCUUCUCCUCCGUUUCUCAUGUACGUGCAACAAGUGAAAUCAAUCUCAGGAUCGAACCAUUUUCCUCGCCGUUCGCGACGGAUCUUGCAAAGCUGCAAACUCAAAUUGGCUACAAGUUUAACAACAUCAACCUUCUUCGCCGUGCAAUGACUCAUGCUUCUUUUUCUCAAGAGAACAACAAAGCCUUGAGUAUCUUUGGAACCCAUAUCAUUGAAACCGCGGUCUCUCUUCAGUUUCUCGCUAAAGAUAUCGAUAUUUCCUCGAAAGCACUGGGCCGUUUGAUAUCAGAGGUUUCAAAUGUGGAGUCCUCAUGUGCUCUUGACGGAGACCGGUUGGGUUUGGGGAAGAUAAUCAGAGUUUCUACUAAGACAGAUGCAUCGAACUCGGCCAUUCUUUGUACUGGCUUUAGGGCAAUCUUUGGAGCUAUAGCUAUUGAUGCUGGAACGGUUGAUGAAGCCAUCAAGGUUUUCUGGAAGGUACAUGGAGCUCGAGCUGGAAGACUAGUCUCUAUGUUGUAAAUUAGAGCUUUAUUAAGUCAUUAAAGUCAUGUUUUUUCGGAUGCCAAGUUCUAAGAGACUCUUCUCCAAUGCUUAGAAUUUUAUGGUUGAUGUUAACUAUUAGCUGCUGUUAUGAGGGUGUAAGUGAUCAUACUAUAGUGUUGACUCCAAAACUAUCUAUUUUUGUUGCAGUACCUGCAGUGACUUAAUGACUGAAAACGUUAAAAUGACAACAAAUCAGUCAAUUGCAAAGAAUUAUGGUGGUAUCUCCAUAGAAAAUGUGAAAGUGGUCCAAAAUGUGAGAGAUGUGCAUGCAGACUUGUGGAUCCAACAGUUGUGAAAGAUGUUAUGUAAUCAGAAUGUGCAAAUGAUGCAAUAGCGACACAUUAGUAAUUCGAACUGUUACAUGUGUUGCAGUAAGCAAGUCAUAGGAAAUAGGGAUCCCAUCAUCAUUUACUUGUUAUUAUGUUGAAUUUAAUUGAUAUAUUUUGUGAAUAUAGGAUUACAUAUGUA